AAAAGCAGCCCGGGAUUCAGAUAUGAAAUUACGAUGUUUUUGUUCGGUAAUUUUGACGAUGAGCGCGGUAUCGGCGACCGCGGCGAGUGGUUUGGACUUCAAUCGGUUUGAUAAAAAAAUGAACGCGCUGGUGCGUUCGUUGAAGUUCAUGGCCGAGAGACCGGGUCAAAUGAACGUGGAUACCAUUUUGGGAGUUACUUUUGUCGAAGCGAACAUAAAGGCGGCCCUCGCGCACAAAAAUCUCCUGUACAUCGAUAAUCACGGAAGGUCGAUGCUGAAGGAGAUACUAAAAUUGGCGACGCACACGAGAAAACAUCUUCUACGAUCGUUAGCUCUGAACGAAGACAUAAAGCAGGUUAUCAACGCCAUCAACGAUCCGGAUUUAUGGAUCGAGCCCGUCGUCUGGAGAAACAUGGAGAACAACGACGCGCACCGCUCGACCAACGAUAAAAAGAAUCAUUCCACUCGGGCGUUGCAGGAUCACUCCCAGAGCCGUACGAGCGAUCGUUGCAUCGUCCGAGUGAUCCAAAGCUGCGAGAUCGAUGACGUUUGCCGAGAUUUCGCUCUGCGAGACCUCGACUCGGCGCAGGCAUACACCUCGACGCACAAGCUCUUGCUGAUCAAGCUCGCGUCCGCGCUUCGAUGCGACGCAGAGAUUUCCGAUGUCUCGCCGUUCGUAACUUACGCCCUGUGUGCCUCGAUGAUGCGAGAAUUGACGAGCUACGAAGCUGCCGGAUUUCCGAAUGUCAGCAAGGAUCUGGCCACGGAGCAAAUACUCUUGUGCGGCAUGGAAGGAUACUUGAAUUUUCUCGGCAGACACUACGAACAGCUGUUAUUGGAUUGGCAACACCCGAGCGGAUGUUACAGUGGUGUCAAGUAUUCGCUGGAUGCAACUUUGAAGCGGAGAUAUUAUCGACGAUCCGGAAGCUUCGUGGAUUACGGAUGCGUUAAUCACGCCACAGGCCUCGGAGCUGCCGCACUUGCACUCAUGAUUCGUAAAGACAUCGAGACGUUUUCAUCAUAA